AUGUUUAUUUUUUUAUUAAUAAAUUUGUUUUGUAUCAUAAACGUGAGUGGACAGCUGUGUAGUGCCGAUUAUAGAAUGAACUUGACAGGUUUAGAUGUUUUUAGCGACGGUUCGAUUAUUAAAAAUGGAAUUCGCUUCCCGCCAAAUGAGAUUUUCUCGUUAAAUGUGAGCGGCGACUUUGAGACUUUCGGAUGUCCUUGCGAAUUGAGAAAUUGUUUUCGGAAAUGUUGUCCAUUGGGUCAGGUGAUGGUGAACAGAAGUUGUGUUGAAAUGUACGAUGUUCUUCAGAAGGAAUUGCGGCUGCAUUAUUAUGAUAAUCAUAUUGCAUCUGUGGAUUUGAAGAACAGCGACCAGUUCGCUGUUUUGACGGGAGUUCCAUGUGAUUGGGAUGUUUAUAAAGAAGACGAUGGUCCAUGGUAUGUUCAGCUGGUAAGUCAUUAG